AUAAUAAAUUUCUGUUUGACGAAUGAGAAACUGAAACGUCGUUCAUUUAAUGGCAACCUUCUAAAAUGACUGCAAAGAAGACCCGGUGUUUUGUUGUGCUUUUCGUGUUUUUAUGCAUAUUACAAUAUGGGAAUGGAAAUCCCAAAAGAAAAGAGGUUCAGACUUUGGGAGAGAGAGUUCAACAGUUAAUGGAUAUGAGUGCAAAAAGACCAAUAAUUAGAUUAAACGGUGAAAAAUUUCGCCAGUAUGUUAAAGCAUCUCCAAGAAAUUAUUCUUUUGUUGUUAUGCUUACUGCAUUAUCUCCUCAUCGUCAAUGCAUAGUAUGCAGACAUGCCCAUGAUGAAUUUCAAAUUGUAGCUAAUUCUUGGAGAUAUUCACAAAUGUAUUCAAACAAAUUAUUUUUUGGUAUGGUUGAUUUCGAUGAAGGACCUGAUGUAUUUACUUCUGUAAGUAUUUUUACAAUUAUAUUUAUAUAUAAUUUUGUUCACAUAAGUCACACUGAUAUAUAUAGUGCAAAAAAUUUGGUGUCCAAUAAGGUAUCCAGGAUUGGUUUUGCUGCUGAAACAAUCUCUCGGUGGUUAGGUGAAAGAACAGAUAUUCAGAUUCGUGUCUUCCGUCCUCCUAAUUAUUCAGGAACAAUAGCACUAGUAAUUUUGUUUGCUUUAAUUGGUGCUCUUUUAUAUAUGAGAAGAAAUAAUUUAGACUUUCUUUACAAUAAAACAUCUUGGGGUCUGGCAGCAUUGUGUGUAAUAUUUGCAAUGACUUCUGGCCAAAUGUGGAAUCACAUUCGAGGACCACCAUUUAUGCAUCGUACAAAUCGAGGCAAUGUGGCAUAUAUUCAUGGAAGUAGUGGAGGUCAAUUCAUUAUUGAAACAUAUAUAGUUAUCAUUUUAAAUGCUGCUGUGGUUUUUGGAGUGAUACUGCUGAAUGAAGCUGCAGCAUCAAAGGGAGAAUCAAAGAAAAGAAAGAUAAUGGCUAUAAUAGGACUUGCUGUAGUUGCUAUUUUCUUUAGUCUACUUCUUUCCAUUUUCCGCUCAAAAGCUCAUGGUUAUCCAUAUAGCUUUCUUUUCAAGUAAAAUUUAUUGUUGGUGUUAUAAAUAUGUAUUGUCACCAUAUAGUUGUUUUCGUAAUGAAGAUUUUAUGGACCAUGGAAUUUUUUGGUAUUUAAAUAUUCUAUGUAUAGUGAGAGUUUAGAUAAAAACGACUGUAUUUACAUAAUUUUAUAAAUUAUGUAUUUGUUAAUAAAGAUUUAUAAAAGUGAGUUUCUGUAUUAACU